UGUCAUUCUACCGAGUUUUGUGCUGUACUGUUUAUUGUUUUGGUUUUGUAGUGUGUAUAUUUCUGAUAAAUGAAAUAAAAAUUGCAAAUCACAACAAUAUGCGAUUUGCAAAGUACACAUGAAAUUAGAAUAUUAGCACAAUUAAUUUCGUAAACCAAAUCAAAAUUAUAGAAAUGACUACCUGGGCACUUGUUUAUAGUGGUGUUUGUACUUUGUUGGGUUACAGUGCUUUCGUGACGUUCAUAAUACUGGGGAAUUACCCUGCGGCAGUGCUUGGUUUUGUUUCAGGUUCAACAGAUGCCUUGUCAUUCUUCCUGCAUCAUCUUAAUAGAAGGGGCCAGCUCUAUGCCUGGUAUAGCCAUAUACAGUUAAGGCAUAUAUGUCGUCUGGGCAUCAUUAUUGCUUCAGUAGGGUUGCUGAGCAUAGGCUACUAUGCAACUAUGCAGAUAUCUUUGAGAAGACCGGCAAUGCCAAUACCACAGAGUUUAACCAUACCCUUAGUAUUCUCAUUUAUUACUCUAAGAAGUGGAUUGAUACUGAUGUAUCAGACAAUCAGGUAUCAAGAAAAUGAAGAACCGCAUUUAUUGCCAGAAGAAAGUAGAAGAGUCAGUAGUAGUAGUAAUAGCAGCAGCGAUAUAAACAGUGGAGCCUAGCAGUAUGGAUUACAUUUUUGUGUACUGGCUAUGCAAAAGAUUACCAAAAAAGUUUUUAUUUGAAUGAUUUAACUGAUAAUUAAACAUAUGGAUAGGGAUAGGGGAUGCGGUAUUCAAAAAUGGGGAGAUAUCGAUGAGCUAAAACUGUGAUGGUUUUCAAAAUUGGAUGAAUUUUGAAUAAUCUAUUUGUGGAAUCAGCUAUUCGUGGACUGUGACUGCCAGAUGACAGGAAUCGCGUGUAUAAAUGCGCGUUAAAUGUGUUAUGUACACGCUGCUGCACAAUAAAAAAGACAUUUUUGGUAUGUUAUUGGAGAAAAGCGCUAACCAUGCACUGGGUAGUUGGAGAUUUUCAUUUUCUGCUACAUUCCUAUUCAAACAAGUGCUGUUUCUAAUGAUACUGACUACUAAACUGAAAAUCAACAUGACAGUUUAAUGUGUCUUACAAUUAAAUGCCAUACAGUUUUUGUUUAGGUACACAUAUAAUUUCUGUGUUACGUUAAGUUUAUAUACAUAUAUAUAUAUAUAUAUAUAUAUAUAUAUAUAUAUAUAUAU